AUGCAUUUCUUCACCGGCCUCACCACUCUCCUCUUCACCACCCUCGCCCUCGGCGCCGCCAUCGAGACCCGUGACAACACCGACAACGCCGACAACUUCAACCCCGGCGAUAAUGUCCAGAGCCAGUCAUGCAGCCCCAAGGGCGGUGCCUGUGACCAGGGACAGACUGUCUGCUGCGCCGGCUUGCGGUGCUACAUCCCGCCCAAGAGCGGCUGGGAGCCUGCUGGUCCGUGGUACACCCAGCAGGGUGCUUGCAUCGUCUAG